AAAAAAAGUAUUUUUCUUUCUUUACAGAAUGGUAGUCAAUGAGUUUGAGCCUGAUGAGAUCUUUGGUGAAUUGAAUCAAAAGUUCGCCAAUGUAUCGCUUGAUCAAGCUGAGCAAGUAUAUAGAGAGAUCCAACAUGACAAUUUGUAUGAAUACAGGGACACACUUGAGUUCUCUUCUGAUUACAACAGUUGUUAUCAUGCCAUGAAGAAUAUUAGAAGAUAUCUAACACAGAGUGUUUCUUUGGAGCGUAUUCAAAAUGUUUUUGAUCUUGGUCUUCAAAAUCGAUUCAGGACGAUUCUCGAAACACCUGGCUAUGAUGAACUCAAGUAUGAAACAGCCUGGACAGUGACUAAUUUAGCUUAUGGUGCCACUGAACAUGCUGCUCUUUUGAUUGAUACUGGUAUUAUUGAUGCUUUGAUUCAUUGCUUUCGAUCCUCUGAGAAUUAUCGUGUGAAAUCUCAAACGGCUUGGGCAUUAGCCAAUGUGUCUAUUGAAUCCCCUCGCUAUAGAGAAUCUAUGGCUCAAGAUCAUUUAAUUGGUGAUAUUGCUGCUGCACUUUCAAGGAAAUGUGAAACGAUUGCCAAGAAGCUUAAAUCAGCCAUCAAUCAAGAUGUGAUUACAAAAAACGAACAAGGUCAAAUUGUCUGUCAUAGUAGAAAUGAUACAGAUGAUAUCAAAGAUUUAACUUGGUCUUUGGCUAACAUCUGUCGAGGUGGAUUUCGAACUGUAGAGCAUUGGGAGCAGUAUCUGGCUUCUUUUAAUGCUUUUUCACAAUGUAUUUGUUUUGAAAACAAAGAGAUCUGGACUGAAGCAUGCUGGGGAUUAUCAAGAAUAUUUAGCAAUAUGUAUAACUAUGAUCCAUUCUACAAGACAUUAGUAUUGGAUCCUGGUUUAUGCCCAAGAUUAGUGAAUUUGUUAAGAAAUCAACCUCCUCAAGCUGUUUUGUCUGUUUUGCAGACAAUCAGUAACUUUUCUUCAGGACCCAAUGAGUUUAUUGAAGUCUUGUUGAAUGCAGACUUACUCAACAAUAUUUGGUGGUAUUUAAGCCCUGAUACACAUCAUCAAUUACGCCGAAAUGCCAUGUUGACCAUCUCUAAUUUGGCUGCUGGACAUGAGCAAAUUGUACGCAAGGUGGUUCAUAAUGAAAACAUUAUGCAAUAUGUAAUGGCACAUCUACAUAUACCUGGUCACAUAUACCAUCAAGAUACACAUAAAUGGGUUGCCUCUAUCAAUGCAAGUAAUCCUGAAUCUACUGAAGAAUGGCGUAUUGUUAAAGAAUCGCUUUGGGUUCUUUCUAAUAUCACUACUUUGGCAGACAAUGACUGUAUUUGUGCUUUAUUGCGCAACUAUACAAACAUGAUUCAAUUGCUGUCUCGCUUAUUGCAUUAUCCUCGUUUGCCUGAACCCAUUUGCCUUAAAGUAGUAGAUGUCUUCCUUCGAAUUGUAGACAGAACCAACAAGAUAUCAGAAUUAACACCACCCGUUGAGCCUUCUCCACGCAACUCUUAUGCAGAAGAAAUGAUCAAUGAAGGCGUCAUGCCUGAAUUAAACUAUCUUUGCCUGCAAAUUGAAUCUCAAGAAUUAAUGGCUCAAGUAGAACUACUGCAUGCUGCUCUUUUAGCCAGUUCACCUAUGUCAUCUCAAGCAAGUGGGCUAGCAAGUGCCUUUGGAUUACCUACAUUUGGAAAUCAAUUGUCUGGUCCUAAUGUCAGACGUAUUGUACAUGGAUAUGAAGAUGGAGAUGUUAGGUUGAUUGAAGAUGCCAUCAAUAGUAUCAAGAUUGGUCAUAGCUAAACACAAUGUAUAUAUACAUAUAUAUAGGAUAUUUGCUACUUUA